AUGGAGAGACGCAGAUUAAAACUAAUGAUGGACUUGUGUGGUAAUAAUAAUGUGAAAAAUAAUGAACAUAACUUUCAAAAUUUAGCAGAUACCAUUUCGACUGCUACAAUUGUUUUCGGCGAAGCUGAACUUAAUCCAGUCGAAGAAAUAGGUAAUAGUCAGUAUAUUGUACAAAAUAAUUUAAUGUUUCAAAAUGCACAAUUUGAUAAUUUUGAUAUGAAUGCUGUGAAUUAUGAUAUACAUAAUAUUGAACAAAAUAACGAGGUGUUAGCAAUUCCACUAGAAUGUUAUACAGAUAAUUUUGAAGUGAAUUCUGAUAUAAAUAUUGAAUAUUAUGAUAAUGGGAUGUUAGAAAUUCCACUGGAAAAUUUUGAAGUGAAUACUGUGAGUUCUGAUAUAAAUAUUGAAGAAGAUAAUGAGAUGUUAGAAAUUCCACUAGAAAAUUUUGAAGUGAAUACUGUGAGUUCUGAUAUAAAUAUUGAAGAAGAUAAUGAGAUGUUAGAAAUUCCACUGGCAAAUAAUGAAUCAUUAACUGAGGACAUUUUGAAACCAAAUAAUAUAAAUGAUGAAAAUGAACAAAUGGAUGUAGAAAUUAAUAUAAAUGUGAAUAAUGUACAAUCUGAAGCUAAUAAUUCUCGUAAUAUUAAAGCUCAACCAAACAAAUGGAAAAGAAUAACAAGUCAGAGAUUGAGAAUGAAUGGCCAAGGUUACAUAGGUUUUCAGAGGAAAGGAAAUGUGGUUACUCAAGAUGUACAGCGACCAGCAAGAAAUAUACAGCCAACGUGUGAAUCAAAAUUUUGUAUAAAAGCAAAAAACCGUUUUUGUCAAUCUUUUGAUAAAAAUCAAAGAUUUGAAAUAUUUUCUACAUUUUGGAAUGCAUCAUGGGAAGCAAAAAAGACUUUAGCAUGUAAUAUGGUUACUAAAGUAGUAACUAAAAGUAAUACUACAGGAUAUUAUAAUGAUAGUAGUAGACGAUCAAACACAUACACAUAUCAUUUAAAAUAUAAAGAUUUACCUGCUUUACAAGUAUGUAAGAAAAUGUUCUUGGGUACUCUUGGAAUGAAUGAAUGUAUGUUACAUAGUUGGAUAAAUGAAUCAAACCACGGUAUUCCAAAGAAAUCAAAAAAUAUAACAUAUGAUAUUUCAGGUCAAAUCAAAUUAUCACCACAAAGUAUUGCUAGAAGAGCAUUUUUUUGUGAACGUUUAAAACAUCUCAAAAAUUGGUUUAACAGCCUGGCAAAAAUGCCAUCUCACUACUGUCGUGAUAGAACAAAUCGUUUAUAUUUAGAAGGACCUUUUAACAGUUUACAAGAUGUUUAUUUGUUAUAA